AUGAUAUUUUCAACAUUAGAGCAUAUAUUAACUCAUAUAUCCUUUUCGGUCGUUUCGAUUGGAAUUACAAUUCAGUUGAUAACCUUAUUAGUCGAUGAAAUCAUAGGACUAUAUGAUUCAUUAGAAAAAGGGAUGAUUGCUACCUUUGUCUGUCUAACAGGAUUAUUAGUCACUCGUUGGAUUUAUUCGGGGCAUUUCCCAUUAAGUGAUUUAUAUGAAUCAUUAAUCUUUCUUUCCUGGAGUUUCUCUAUUAUUCAUAGGAUUUUCUAUUUUAAAAAACAUAAAAAUCAUUUAAGCGCAAUAACCGCGCCAAGCGCUAUUUUUACCCAGGGUUUUGCUACUUCGGGGUUUUUAACCAAAAUGCAUCAAUCCGGAAUAUUAGUACCUGCUCUACAAGCCCAGUGGUUAAUGAUGCACGUAAGUAUGAUGGUAUUAGGUUAUGCAGCUCUUUUAUGUGGAUCAUUAUUAUCCACAGCUCGUCUAGUCAUUACAUUUCGAAAAAUUAUAAGGAUUUUUUCUAAAAGAAAUCAUUUAUUAAAUGUAAAUGAGUCAUUUUCCUUUGGUGAAAUCCAAUACCUGAAUGAAAAAAACAAUGGUUUACUAAACACUUCUUUUCCUUAUUUUCUUUCUGCUACAAAUUAUUAUGGGUAUCAAUUGAUUCAACAAUUGGAUCAGUGGAGUUAUCGUAUUAUUAGUCUAGGAUUUAUCUUUUUAACCAUAGGUAUUCUUUCGGGAGCAGUAUGGGCUAAUGAGGCAUGGGGAUCAUAUUGGAAUUGGGAUCCAAAGGAAACUUGGGCAUUUAUUACUUGGACUAUAUUCGGGAUUUAUUUACAUACGCGAACAAAUCCAAAUUGGGAAGGUGUAAAUUCUGCAAUUGUGGCUUCUAUGGGCUUUCUUAUAAUUUGGAUAUGCUACUUCGGGGUCAAUCUAUUAGGAAUCGGGUUACAUAGUUAUGGUUCAUUUAAUUAA